AUGUAGAAAGAAAAGCAAGUAGAGGAGUAUUUCUAUCCUGUAAUGUAUCGUAAAAAGCAGCAUGAGUACUUGAGAUAAAGUCUUUAAGAGGACUACCAUAAUUAUGGCAUUUGGAAAACUAAAGAAGGGUUAUAGAAGUAAGCAUUUAAAGCGAGAAGGGAAUAAGAGUAAGAAGAUAUAGAGAUAGGACCUUAAAAGUCAAUAAGACCGAUGACUGCAUUAAUAUCGCCUAGUCAUAGCUAUUCAUCAAGAUAGAGGCCAAUAACAGCACCAGGAUUGAAUGUGUAAGUGAAACACAUGAUGAAGAUAGAUGAGAAUGAAGCAAUGAUAUCAGUACCAUACCAUUCAGAAGCAAAGCAUUUUCGGAAUACAAAGACAUUAGAUAAAAGUAACUUAUUUUGUAUAAGUUAUUAAAUAGCAAAUUAAAAAGUCAUUCGGAAUAACUCAACUUUAAAAAAGGUUUCUUUAGAAGGAGAAAGUGAAAUUUAUGUUAUUGAAGACGAAGAAGCGAAGAAUUAAAAUAUAAUAGAAAAACAAACUGUAAAGAGUAGUUUAUUCUCUCCAAAGCAGAGUGAGCAAUAAUUAACAGGUGGUUUUCAUUAAAAUACAACAAUAAUUAAAGGGGCUUAACAUUAAUAAAGAUUAUUCAAACACUCUAGUUUGCAAAUCUAUGACAAUCUUGCUGAAAUAAUGAAAUUGAUUAAUGGUCAAACUUAUACUAAAAGUCCUGUAAUUGUCAAGACGAAACCUUAAGGAUUGAGACCUUAAAGUGCAGUCAACAAAUAAGUAAAAGUGAGUUAACGCUAUCGACCUGUAAGUGGAAAGGUAUAAUCAAUUACAGUAAGAGGGAUCUAAUUGUGA